CCACACCUCACGGGUUUCCGAGGGAAACCCUUCAAAUUUCAAAUCAUCCGUAUUCAUUUCGCCAUUUACAUUUUUCCCCCAUUUCUCCUAAUUACAGCAAAACGAGGCGAACAAAAACUCACAGAUACUCUCCGAUCCAAUCAAUCUCGGAAUAUCUCGUUUCUCCGUUCAAUUUCGCCGUCGUUAGGGCUCGUGUUUUGCCCCCCCUCCACCAAUGGCGUACGGCGGCGGUGAUGUCGGGCCGUGCUUUAAUCUGCCCGACGAGAUUCUAUCCGUGAUGCCGACGGACCCGUACGAGCAGCUGGAUCUGGCGCGUAAGAUUACGUCCAUGGCUAUUGCGUCGCGCGUGACCAAUCUCGAGGCGGAGGCCGUCGGCCUCCGCCAGAAGCUCCGGGAAAAGGACCGCCUCAUUCAGGAGCUCGAGGACAAGGCCUCCCGCCUCGAGGGCGCGUGUCAGGACGCAGAAUUGCGGUUCAGAAUCGCGAUCGAGGAUAACAUGAAGCUAUUGAAGGAGAAGGAGUCCCUGGAUUUGAAUGUGAAGAAACUUAAUCGUGAUUUGGCUAAGCUGGAGACAUUUAAAAGGCAGCUGAUGCAGUCGUUAAAUGAUGAAAAUUCUCCACAAACAGAAACUGUAGAUAUCGGGACUUACGACCAAUCAACCCCCAAGAAAUACUCCGAACCUGAAGUGGAGUCUGGUGGAGGCAGAAGAAGUUAUUCUUACAACGGGUCAACUGACAUCACAAUCAUAAACGAUGACGCUCCUAAGCUGGUGCAAAGAUUUCCAUUUACUCCAUAUCAAAAAACCCGAGUUACUCAAACUGGAACCCCAAAACUUAUUACAAGUGUGGAGCUGCCCCAUAAUAGGGCGUACUCAUCUGCUGGUUCUCCUCAGGGAAUGUCUGCCCCUGCUUCUCCGAGAACUCAAUAUGAAGGAUCGGGUUCAUUUUCUUCGUGUUUCCCAUCAAGCCAGUUGUCAUCGGCCACAAACUCUCCUCCUCGUGGACGCCAAUUGUCAGCUCGCUCUCCUCGCAUCAAUGGGAAGGAGUUCUUCCGUCAAGUCAGGAGUCGUUUAUCGCUUGAUCAAUUCACUGCAUUUUUAACCAACAUAAAGGAAUUAAACGCACAAAAGCAAUCUCGUGAGGAAACACUGAGAAAAGCAGAAGAGAUCUUCGGGGUGGAUAAUAAAGAUCUCUAUAUAUCAUUUCAAGGGUUGCUUAACCGUAGCAAUCAAUAGAAGAGAUAUUGGAAUUGGGAAGCGGUUUUUUCACGACAAUCAAACUUUAUGGUUCGUCGAUUUUCGCCCCCUCACUUGGAGAGCACUGCUGUAUCAGGUGGAACAAAUACCAGGUUCCUUCCUCUCCAGCUAAAUACUUCUAAAGAUAUUUCGUCCCGUAAAUAUCAAAUCUCGACUCUUGCAUGCCCCCCCGAUCACGAAUCACAAUACUUCAAUCUUUUUCGAUUCAAUUAUUUAUUUAGUGAAUCAUUCAACACACACACACACACACACACACACACA